AUGGGUGGAGGCGAUUUAGAGAGCAUUGUUACAAAGAGUUCGCUCAGAAACUGGACUGGUUUGGUGCACAGAUUACAGAAGGCUAACCUAGCAGGAAUAGAGAGAAAAGAAGAAAAUGAGUGGUUAAAAAAACAAAAAUUAUGGUUAGAUUUAAAUGACCUAUCUGUCGAAGGGAACUGGAGGUGGUUUUCAACAGGAAAAUCCGUUUCCUACACAAACUGGAUACCAGGACAACCAGAUUAUGCUAGUGAGGAUUGUGGACAGAUGAACUAUCCUAGUCACAAAAAAGGACAAUGGAAUAAUCUAAGUUGUGAUGCUAAGAUUGGGUUUAUUUGUGAAUUGUCUGGUAUGGUAAUCUUUGCUAGAUCUUUGGUAUGGCAGGAAAAGGGAGAAGAAGCUGUUAUAUAA